CUAAAAUGAUUGUUUAAAACUUGGCCUUAUAACCUAAUGACUGUACAGAAAGAGAAAAAAGAAAAAGAAAAAUGAAGCAUCAAGUAGAAGCCACACAUGCAAACUGUAUAAAAUGACCACAGAUUUUGUUUCAGUCAGCGUGACUGUCAUAUUCCCAUAUGCUGCCAAUUGUUCAGACAGAAAAAGAGCUGACGGUGUCUGCUGAAAAAGGAUGGUCUAGUUAUUUCACCUAAUUUUGCCACCCUUAUAACACAAUGCAUGCAUUGUGGGUUGUUUGAAUUCUAUAGGCCCCCAGAGACAAUCGGGUCGCUGAACUGCCACUAUUUAGGGGGCUUUACCUUUGUCAACAGUGCAAAAUACCUCAGGGGGCCAGUAUGUUCCUGCUCACCUCUUCAACAAUGAAUUCAAAUGUUUCCUGGUCUGCUGUAGAGUUGGGCACAGUGGGGUGGGGGGGGUGUUUCAGUUCAACAGUGAGUUAUCCGAUCUGAGAUGGACUCACAUGGAGAAGAGGACCUUGGGCGCACGGCGGAGGCCUUGUGUUUGGAGGUCAGGCCUCUGCAGAGGGACAGACUUGGAACCAGACUAGCCCACAGGAAGACUUUCAGUCUGGACUACACAAAUGCCCACCAGGUAGUUCAUUACAGGGGGCAAAACUCCCCACGAGGAUACUCUGAUCUGCACUUUCCAGACUGUGAUCUCCAGGCAGGGCAUAUGCUGAGGUCCACAGCCAGACAACAGGCCUCCACAUCCCCAUGCCAUAGGACAAGCCCUCCUCCCUAUGGCAGGACUGUGAUGCUUUCGAGGAGGUCUGAUCUAGAUCCUGUUAUGUCGGAUAUUAUUAGAGGCUCACGCAUCUCUCGUGAGGAUCAGGAAGCAGGCAGCUCCUUCAACCGCAGAGCUCCUCUGAUGUCUCUCAGCAGCUCUGAGGAGGAACAGGAGGCUGGAGAACAGGCUGGCAGAGCUCCAGCAGGGCUCAGCGUGACUUCAUCCCUGCUAACACCCACUCCCACUGGGGAACGCAGGCUGGGUAAGAGAGAGAGGAAGCAACUGAAGAGCCUGAGGAGGAGACAGAGGAGGAGAGAGCUCUGCAAACAGAGCCAGCAGCAGGAGAACGUGCAGCACAUUAUAAAGCAGAAUGAUCACCCACAGAUAAUUCAGAAUUGAUCAUUUUCCAGCAGAGGGCAUCUUUCAACAAUCAACAGAUUCUGCAUUAGUGGUUCUGAAUAUACUGCAAUAAACUCAUGAGCAUUAAUGCUCACUCUAUCAAUGAUGUACAAUUUCA